GUGGAGGACUCAGGAAGCAUCAGAAUGGGAGUAGCAAAGGAGCUGGGAAGCAUCAGAAUGGGAGUGGCGGAGGAACAGGGAAGCAUCAGAACAGGAGUAGCAAAGGACCCAGGAAGCAUGGGAUCUGGAGAGGUGGAGGACCUGGGAAGCAUCAGAAUGGGAGUGGUGGAGGACCAGGGAAGCAUUGGAAAGGAAGCAGCAAAGGACCUGGGAAGCAUCGGAACAGGAGUAGCAAAGGACCUAGGAAGCAUCGAAACAGGAGAGGCGGAGGACCCGGGCAGCAUCGGGAGUAGCAAAGGAACUGGGAAGCAUUGGAACUGGAGAGGUGAAGGACCUGGGAAGCAUUGGAACUGGAGAGGUGAUGGACCUGGGAAGCAUUGGAACUGGAGAGGUGGAGGACCCGGGAAGCAUCAGAACCGGAGUACCAAAGGACUACGAAAGCAACAGAACAGGAAAGGCGGAGGACCCGGGAAGCAUCGGAACGGGAACAGCAAAGGACCUGGGUAGCAUCGGAACAGGAGCAGUGGAGGCCUAUUUAAGUAAUUCUAACCUGUAGAAUAAAAUAAAUGUUACUGUCCGGACAGCCCCUUCAGUGUCCACCCCUGUAAUCUGCUCUUAUU